CCAAGUAGUAUUAUUCGGUGAUACGAUUCGAGUGGAGGUACCCAGGCUUCUGCUCUGUCGCAAAUUAAAUUAUUUCGAAAUACUGAACUUUGAUCGCUUUGGAUUGAGCUGUCGAAAGAAAAAUGACGGAUUGCACGCUGUGUCAUUAUGUCGGACUCUUGGUCAAGUAUUACCUCUACGCAUGGAUCAUAGGAGUGGGAGUGUGGUUCCUGUUGAUCAUUGCCUCAAAGAUGGGAAGCGAUGGUAACAAGUUCCGGUAUUACGCCAAGUACGGCAUGAUUUACUACGCAACGCAGGCCUUCACGACACUUUUUGCGCCGUUUUCGCUCCUCAGGCCACGAAAUCCCGCCAACGCAGGAAUAAUUUGUGCGGUAGCAUCGAAGGCGUCUAGCCUAUUGCCCAUAACAUGGGAGCUUCGCAAUGCCCGAAUUCUGAGGGAAGCGGAAGGGGCGGUGGUUAUGGCCAAUCAUCAAUCCUCGAUGGAUAUUUUGGGUCUCGAAAUUCUGUGGAGCACAAUGCGCAACGUGAUCUCGAUUGCCAAAAAGGAAAUGCUGUUCAUCGUUCCAUUCGGUCCCGCGGCAUGGCUGGCCGGCAUCACCUUCAUCAACCGUAAAAAUCGUCCUUCAGCGAUGAAAACCCUGGACGGCUGCAAGCGCAAAAUGGUAGAGCAAGGAUUUAAGAUGUACAUCUAUCCGGAGGGUACUCGGUUCCCUGAGCGGGGCAUGCUGCCCUUCAAAAAAGGUGGCUUCCACACGGCCAUCGAAGCCGGGGUCCCAAUCAUUCCGGUUGUGUUUUCGCACAUUUAUUUCAUAGAUGCCAAAAAAUACAGCUUCAAGCCCGGCCACGUGAUCAUGAACGUGCUGGAACCAAUACCUACCAAGGGCCUAACCAAGGACAAUCUUGAUGCGUUGAUAACGCGAACUCGGGAUGCAAUGAUGGCCGAGUAUGAGAGGCUUUCCGCCGAAAUGGAUGCCAAUUUAGCUGAUCCCAAAUGGUUGAAGGCCACCAGACCAAGGUUUGCUACGUACGAUGGGAAGAAGACUAAUUAGCUAUGCGUCGUACUUUCAGAAUACCGAAAAGAAUGCUUCUUUCGAAUUAAAAUCAUUUUCAAAAGGAAUUUGCAGUAACCAAAAAA